CCAGGCGGGCACGCGGCGGCGGCAAUGGAGGGGCCACCCCCCCGGUUCCGGUGUCCCCCCGAGUUCGAGGCCGCGCCCGGGGGGGUCCCCAUGGGGGGUCCCCAAACGGAGCUGUGGCUGAUCCAGGCCCCUGCGGAUUUCUGUCCCCAAAGCCUCGAGGGCUGCCAGGUGCCCCUGAACGGCCUCGAGCGGCUCCGCCCCUGCCUUGGUGCCACCACCGGUGACAAUGACAACAACGGUGACACCAACAGCGGUGACGCCCUGUACGUGCUGCGGGGCGGCCCGGCCGGGCAGGGCUGGCACUGUCCCCUGCUGCUGUCCCCAAUGUCCCCAGGGGGGUCCCUGGGCUGUGCGCCCCCCAUGCGGGGCUCCCUGAGCAUCGCCCGCAGCUUCGGGACAGCCACGGUGGCACCUGGGGACACGGGGACAGCGCCACCCUCGGGGACAGCCAUGGUGGCACUUGGGGACACGGGGACAGCGCCACCCUCGGCGACAGCCACGGUGGCACCUGGGGACACAGGGACAGCGCCACCCUCGGGGACAGCCAUGGUGGCACCUGGGGACACGGGGACAGCGCCACCGGAGGGGCCGGGGCCGCCCGAGGUCACCAAGAGGAGGAAGAAGAGGAAGAAGGAGAAGAGGGAAGGGCAGGAGUGACACCCCCGGGGAUGUCACCCGUGGUGUCACUUUUGUCACCUGCGCCACCAUUAAAUGCGAUUUAUUGCCAA